AUGCUCUGCGAUCUAGCUGGUGAAGUGGGUUCAGUCGGUACGUCCUCUCUGAUCUCCUUCGUUCCUCGCCAAGUCAUGCUCGAGUGCAGCACCGUCCGCAGCGACCGCGCGGUGCUCGCAGAGAAGUCUAAGAAGGGGAGGAAAAAGAGGGAAGAGGAGGAUGACGACGAGAAGAGCAACUCCCCCCAUGUAACGGCGGCCCUUGUCCGGGCCAUCGCCUCCUUCCUCGAGGGCAACGGGUUCUCGAGGACCCUAACCGCGCUCCGUUCCGAGGCACAGCUCGAGGUGACCCAGGGCCACUGUUCUAGUGUCUCCCAGAUUCCCGGGGAACGAGCAAAGAUGUUUUGUUGUUGCUUGUAUCGUGCCUUUUCAGUGGAUGGUGAAUGCUCUAAGCCUUCUCCUACGUCUGCUGUUUGUGGCACAGGUUGACGAUGGCUGCAAGGUCCCCGUUCUGGACCUAAAGCAUAUGGUGUGCAAGUACCUGGAACUGAGGUAUCCAGUGAUUUAUUUUGUAUCAGCCCAAUUGUUUUCUGAGCAUCUGUCAUCGAUGCUCGCCAAAAUUCUUUGGCGAUUCCAUUUGUUCGUGAAUCUGACAUUCAACCUGAAAAGGCUCAUGAAAUGCGUGUCUGGUUAGUCCAUCUCCAUUCUCAUGACUGCUGAAUUCACUGUGAAUUGCAGCGAUGAUGCUGCUGUAGAAAAAGCCGACAACCAGAGUGAGCAAGGUAUGUACUGUGAUGGCGUUAAUUUGAUGAAGUUCUCCUUUAUCAGGGUGGGAACGCGUUCGUAUUGUGCCAUUUUCUUGAAUUCCACUCUGAAAAUCUCUUCUAAUACAAGUGCAAAAAACUAGUUAAAGUUGUGCAGUACAACGCUCCUCAGGAGGAGAAGGAAGGAUGUGUCCAGGAUCAUCAUGAGAAGCCCAUCUCGAAGAAAAAGAAGAGGAAGUCUAAAGAAGCUAGUGACCAGGUCGGGGUAGAAUCCGAGAAAUUUGCAUCUGAGAAUGGCGUUGUCCUACAGAAUCAAGUGAAAGAGUUGCUGCCUGAAAGAAGGGCUCUUCCACUGGAGGUUGCGUCUGCUGAAAGUCAGUUGCCUGAGGGCCGAGUGAAGAAGUCCAAGGACCAGAAAAAGAAGAAAUCUAAGGAAUCUGAUGAGACCAUUAAUCCUGUUGAAGAAAGAGUGGAAAAUGUAUGUCCUUUGCUCGACAGUGCAUCUCAUAUGUUACUCGAAUCGAGUGAUAGAUCCAAGGAUAAGAAGAAGAGUGACAGGAAGAAGAAAAAGGAGGAACAGAAGAGUAGUAAGUCAACCUCAAAUGAGAUUAAUAGUGAGGUUGCUUACAAGAUCUCUCAGGAAGAAGAGGGCAAGACCGAUAGUCAGAUUACAGACUCUCUGUCUGAGAAUGUAUGUUCCCACACCACUGGCGAAGAUAACAAUGCUAAGGGCAAAGAUAAGAAAAAAAGAAAGCAUAAGCUGAUUGAAAGUUCGAGUGGGCAUGAGGCUGAUAUCCAAAAUGGAGUCGAGUCUAAAAGUAAUAAGAAAGAAAAGCAUAUUAAUCUUGCAAGCAAACAUGGGACAGUAGAUAUUGAUCCGAAGAUUGAGAAUGUUUCACCUUCAGGGAGUAUGAAAGUCAAGAAAAGAAAGAAUUUGCCUUCUGAAGAACCUGCGCUUCAGAUUGACAAUGGUGCUUGUUUGGAGAAUGCAGAGCAAAGACAACCAGAGCUUGACCUUCUCUCGAACGGGGAGGAUCAUUUCCCUGGAAGAAAAAGGCAAACAGAACAAACUGAAAUUCAGAUCAAUGAGAAUCUUGGGGAGAACGAACUGGAAAGGAAUGGAUCAUUGAAAUCAAACAAAGCAGAGCUCAAAGAUUUAACGGUGGGCCUCUCUUUCAUUUCUUCUUUUUCUCAAUCGUGGGAAUAUUUUCUGAAGAUGUCCCAUUUCGACCACAUUACUCUUAAAAAAGGGUAACGGGAACCGUUUCGACGCAAUUGAGGUGUUAUUUAUUUUGGUUCUCACCUCCAUCUUCAUCUGAUACCCAAAAUGAGAUAUUCAAGACAUUAUUUCUUUUGAGAAUUUUCUUUUUCCAUUUACCGCAAAUAAUUGCAGAAUUAUUUCUUAUCGGACCAGUAAAAUAGUAUAUAACUUCCCAAGCGUCCUUGGUAUCUACAUUCUUAAUCAGGGGCCAAGCAACCGUGCAAGAAAAGCAGACAUGUUAGCAUUCCCCUGAUUACUUUAGAUAUCAGUUAUCCUCUAGGCAGAUAAUGCUUUGGCUAUGAAUACCGGAAUAAGUUGUCCUUGUUGUCCCAAAUUAAUCAGAAGAUCGCCAUGAUACUGGGUGCAGUAAAUAUUCCAUAAUUCAAUAUUGCUCCUCUUGAAAAACAUAUCUUUCUGGUUUUCCCUCACAGAAAUUUGGUUCCAUUAGUACCAGAACUGGCGUGCUCCGUGUGGUCUGGCAUGUUUAUAAAUAUAUCAUGUGGGAUGAAUUUUUAAUAUAUAGACUUAGCUCUGUUCUAUUUCUACCAUAAUAUUUGUUUGACUAAAGAUACCUCUCCUGGUGCCCUCUGUGCAGCCAAAGACUGUAAAUGCAUUUCAAAGAGUAAAGGUUGAUGCUGUCAAGUUUGCUGAUGAUAGGCUUCAGGAUAACUCCUAUUGGGCGAAGGUACUGAUCUAUUGUUUUGACGUGGUCAUUUAAUAGAUGGUUUCUUGGUUCUUGAGACUUUUAACACGCAUUGUAUUAGUCUUUUGUGACCUUUUUUUUUCUGUUUCUUUUCGUUUUUAUCAGGCUGGUGCUGAAACCGGAUAUGGGGCAAAGGCCCAGGAAAUCCUUGGUCAAGUUAGAGGAAGGUAGUUUGCCAGUUUUUCUGAUCUUCACUUCACAUAUGUAAAUCACUCUCGAAUCAGUUUAGUUACUAAAAAACCGUAGAUUCUGGCUCCUAAACGUAUCUUCUAAAAAAUUUUAGCAACUAGCAUUGGUGCUACCUUAAAUAUGGCCGAUCGAAUCUUGUUAGAAUUUGGGGUACUGAAAUGGAAGAAAAGCAUAGUAGUGUCAGAUUUUGAAGAUGGAUUCUUGUUUUGGUGUUUGCUUGUCUCUUACCGAAUUAAUAUGAGGCUGUUUUAUGCAUCUGCAUGUUUUUAAUCAUAUUUGCCUCGGUUUAAUGAUGGCCGAUCAGUGGGGAUACAUGGUGCGGUGUACAGAUAUAGUUCGCAUACUAGGUGAUCUCUAGUUUGUCAUUGUUUAGAUCUAAAUUAUAGAUCACUGGAUAGUUAUCAUCCCCUGAAUUUAACUGCCGCAAUUUCCCACCAAAUUAGGGGCAAACAUGAUAUUAUCUGACAAUUAGAAAAAAAAACAUGGGAUUUGAGCUUUUUGACUUUCAGUGAUCAAUUUAUUUUCUGUAAGAAAUGCUGCAAUUGGGAAUGACAUAUAUUUACAGUCAUGUGAAUUCUGGUGUAAUUGAUGUUUCAAUCUUUGAAAGUUUGAAGUUGUGUCUUAAUCAUUUAUGAUGCUUAUUUGACCUGUAAACGGUAGAUUAUUCUGAGUCUCAUUCAAUUGGUGAUGUAGUGGUGAGCAAAGGAUCUCAAACUCGGCUGUAAGAUGACCCAAACAAUACAAAAUUGUGUUUCAUCUCUGAAAAAUAGGAUGUUCUUAGGCUAAAGUAUUGGUGUUGAGAGAGAAUUGUCUGGCGUUUUAAACUUAAUGUUGCCGUCAUGUGCAUUCUUUUCAUGCGGUCUAGUGUACCUGGUAUUUUGCGUCUGUGAUAAGCUCCCAGUCAACUGUGCAGUGUUAGGCAGUCUGUAUGUCCAAAUCCUAAAACGAAAAACUUUGGAUAGUUUGACCGAACAUUAGCUGGCACGGUUGAACAUACAACUGACCGGUCUUGGUAUAAAUUCAAGCGAAGAAAAACUUAAGAGAUGAUUCAGAAUGGUUUAAGCUUGCCAACGGAUUCAGACUAGGAUAAAGGACAGCGUGUUAGUUUUUUGGUGGAAGCUUGCCAUGAGCCUUCACAAAAGUGAUUAUCAUGCUGUAGAAUUAUUUCAGGAUUACCAAGGGAUCAACGAGGGUCACAUCUCAGAGAAAUGGUAAUUAGAAAGACAGAAGUUACUGCCGUUUAAAACAUGUUUUUCUGAAAAGGAUCAUGCGCUCGGCUGACGGAAUCACUUUUCUGAUGAUGGGUUCCAAAUGGACCUUUGCUUGUAACGACCUCUGAGCAAUAAGGUGCAACGAUUGUUUUUUUUAUUUAAUGAAAUCAAAAAUAUCUUAUAUUUAUCAAUAUUGCCUGUUUGUAUUUCGCAGAGUAUGGAAGUAGCACGAGUAAAUUUUUCCCUUUAUGGUUUGCAUGUAGAGUGAAGUGAUGAGUGUGCUUGGUAUUUGUAUUGUCUAGUAGAUAUUAGCACCGGUUUCAUUCAACAUAAUGACCAAAGCUUCUCUGGUUGCGCUAAAAUUACAUAUCUUGCGGCCAGAUAUUUGAAUUUGGAAUGAUUCUUUCCCACUGAUGGGAUGCAUUUUCUGCUCGAGAUAUCCCUCAUGCCCUCAGAGGCUAAAAGCAUAAGCAUUGUACUCUUUGUGGGGGCAGAUCUCUGAAUGUAGACGGCUGGUUUCUACUUGCAGGGAUUUCAGACAUGAGAAGACCAAGAAGAAGCGUGGAAGCUACCGAGGAGGCCAGAUCGACUUUCAAUCCCAUUCGGUAAAAUUCCAGUACUCCGAUGAAGAUGAGUAG